UAUAAUAAUAAUUUCCUAACCCCGUCGUGGUCACUAGAUAGAUAACUAGGUCAAGUACAUUAUUAAUAUAAUAAAGACCAAAUAAUGGCGCGAAUGUAUCCUGCCAUCUAUGGUGUGAGUACUAAACUAUGUGGCGUGCAGCAGUUACUGGCGAGUCGCGUCUCCCGGUGCGGCCGUCAGUGUUCUCUCUGCUUAACUUUGUUAUGAUAAUAUGGGACAGUGUAAACAUGGCGCAGUGUCUCAUCUUGUAAUUAUUGCGUAUUGAUCUAUAAAUGCGGGGAUAAUUGGCAAAGCGUGAUGAAGCUGUAUAGAUGCCGACAUUAAGUAAUGAUGAAUCAUUAGUGAUUAUGUAAUGAAUGACCUGGAUUCUUGGGUUUCCAUUGCAAGUCCACCUGAGAAGUUUGAAGAGAGGUGGUAGGAGACCUAGCCAAUGUGUUAGGAACAACUGGAAAGCUGCAUAAAUAAAACAUCAAGUGGGUAAUAUGGUCUGCUUCUUUAAAAUAUUUUGCUCUGGUAUAAGGAGAUGGAAUGACAUACCCCAGAAAAUUUUAAUCUACUGUACUGUAACAUCAGGAACCUGAACCCAUCAAAGUGAGUUGAAACAAAUAUUAGUUUUUUGUGUUAACUAAAGAUAAACUAAAGAUUUAUGGCAAUGGAAGACACAGUCAAUAAUGAGAUAAUUAUCCACAAGAAUGACUCUAAGGUGCAUGCCUUACCAAGGAAAUAUAAUCUGGAUGAAGAGUUUAAAGCGAAAGAAAAGGUUGAGGUAUCAUCAAGUUCUUUAUAUGGUAAUAUGGUGUCUAAGGACAUUGCAGUAGCUAUUGAAGCCAAGGUAAAAAUAAAGAGAAAAAUGCAGAAAAUAUAUCCCUGUGAGAAGUGUAAUUUGAUAUCGCAAUCUUCUACUAACUUUAAGAAACACAUGUUGACACACUCAGGGGAAAAACCUCACAAGUGUAUGGUAUGCCAAAGGGCAUUUAGGCAGAAGCAUCAUUUAAUUGAUCAUCAACGAACACACACAGGAGAACGUCCCUUUGAAUGUGAGGAAUGUGGAUCUAGGUUUGUUCAGAAGUCAUCUUUAAAUUUACACAGAAAAAAACAUUCUGGAAUAAAACCAUAUUCUUGCAACAUAUGUAAUCAUUCCACAUAUGAAAAGAUGCAUCUAAAAAUGCACAUGAGAACCCAUACUGGUGAGAAGCCCUAUCAGUGUGAAAAAUGUGGCCAAACAUUUUCACAUUUAAGUCGGUUAAAGCUUCAUACAAUGAUACAUACUGGAGAAAGGCGUUAUAAAUGUGAGAAAUGUGGUGUGUGCUUUCGAGAAAAGGUUACCUUGCAAAAGCAUAGAGGGGUCCAUAUCAACCUAGGACCAUUUGAAUGUGAGGAAUGUGGAAAACAGUUCACACGUAUGAAUGGUUUAGUUCUGCAUCGUAAAGUUCACACUAAUAAUCAGGAGUAUCUCUAUGUGUAUAAUAAAUCAGAAAAUCAGACUUAUAAAUCCACACUAUCGGAAAUGACAAAUGUAGCACUAAAAUCACCACCAUCUAAGAUGGCAAAAGAGGCUUUAAAUUCCUCUCCAUCUGAGAUAUCAAAUGAGGCUUUAAAAUCCAUGCAACCUACAGCACCUGAUAAGGCUUUAAAAUCCCCAGCAUAUAAAGCCACAGAUGUGACUGUAAAAUCCUCACCAUCUAAGACAGAGAACAACCCUUUAAAAUUCACAUCUAAAAUACCACCUGUGACUAUAAAAUCUUUAGUAUGUAAAACAACAAAGGAGGCUAUAGAAUCCUCAUCAUCAAAGGCUGCAAAUGAGGCUUCAAAAUCUACACCAUCUAAGGAAGCAACUGAAGAGUUAAAAUUCUCACUCUUUAAUGCAGCAAAUGAGACUUUAAAAAGCACAUCAUGUAAUGAGAUUAAUGAAGAUACAUCUGCAACAUUUAAAACUUUAGAUAACGCUAUAGAAUCUGCACCAUCUAAGGCAGAAGAUGAGGGUGCAAAAUGUGUACUAUUUAAAGCAGAAAAUAAUAAAUUAAAAUCUUCAUUAUCAAAGACAAAAAAUGAAGCUCCAAAAUCCACACCUUCAAAGUCAGUAAAUGAGCCAUUAAAAGACAAACCAUCUAAAGGAUUUAGAGAAGUUGCUGAUAUAGAAAAUCAGUAUUCACCACUUUCAGAGAUUAUGCCCAGAGCUGGGGAUAAAGUAGAAAAUAUAUCAACUUCUGCUUUGAGCUUAGAACACAAUGACAGAAUUUAUGAAUUUACAGAACAUACAGGCAGCACUGCAGUUUUAUCUGAAGAGCAGGCAUCAUUGAAAAAUGUUAAGUACAGUCAGCCAAGUAUAGAUGCUGCCAAUAUCUCUCACAUCUCUUCAGUGUUUGAUGACACUAUACACAGAAAGAUUAAUGUUGUGCACAGUUCUGAAGAGGGUAGAUCCCAAGAUAAAUUAAAAGAAAGUUUAGCAUCUAAUUUAUAUGAUAAAAAUGUAACCAAAGAUUUCAAUGUUGUUCAUCCUGAUCAUGUACGAGCAGCAUUAGAGAGUGGAACUGUCCUAGAAACUCAAGAUGAAGAUGGCAAGGGAUUUUUCAUAGUUUUACCAGAAUCUCUAAAAGAUAAAGAAAUCACAUAUUUGGCAGACUCGAUGCACAAUUGUGAUAUCAUUAGGACAUCAGUUAAUUCACAAGAAUCAAUAACAGAUGUGACCAUAGAUGUACCCACAAGUGAGAACACUAUAGAAUGCAAUUCUUCAAAAGUAUUCUCACAUACAGCCUCCAACAACUGUAUUAGUAAUGACCCCUACUCUAAUGUGGCACAAGACCUUCCUGGAAAUGAUGUUUGUGCUUAUACAGUAGACAUACAUGAAGUCACAAAUGUAGAAGAUGACAAUCAUCCAAUUCAGAUAGAAGGGGAGCAUAAUGGUGAUGAUGGUGGUGGUGGUGAUAUUGUUCAUAAUUAUGAUAGUACAGACACCUUUCCAGUAGAAGAACCAGAGGAGCUGAACAAUGAAAUGCCUAGGUAUCCACGUGUUGUACGAGAGGAAAUUUAUUCUGAUGGCACAAGUCUUCUGUUGUGGAAUGAUGAGCUGGAACAUCUAACAGAAGUAACUUACGUGAUAGAAGAAGGGAAGGAGAAUCCCAUAUUGAAUCCUCCUCAGGGUGCACAAUUUUACAGCUCUCAAAUAUUACACUCUACUGUAAUGGAGCCAGAAAUUAAAAGAAAAGCUCAAGAAACAGAAUUCUUUAUAGAUGAUAUAAAUCAAAAAAAUCAAAAGAUGCAGAAAUGUGACUAUGAAAGAACAGUAUCUGCUAAGACACGUACAAAAGACAAGAAACUAAAAGAAAAGAAAGUGAAGAGCCGAAUGGUGUAUGAUUGUCUACAAUGUGGAAAGUCUUGUAAAACAUCAUCAAAUUAUAUCACUCACAUGCGAACGCAUUCUGGAGAAAGGCCAUAUUUUUGUGACUUCUGUGGUAUGGGUUUUAAACAGAUUUCACAUCUUCGAUCCCAUAUAAGGAUUCAUACUGGAGAAAGGCCAUAUGUUUGUAAUGUCUGCAAUGCUACCUUUACCCAGUCUUCAAGGUUAAAUUCUCAUAAAAGAACUAUUCAUGUAGAGGGUAGAAAUAUUGUAAAGAAAAAAGAAAAGCCAUUGGUAGAGCACAAAGUAAGAAAUUUUUAUUGUAAAAUCUGCAAAAAGACUUUCAUUAAUGAAUGUUUCAAGAUAGAUCACAUGAGAGGUCAUUUAAAACCCCAACCAUAUCGGUGUAAAAUUUGUGGGGUUUGUUACAAACAAAAGAGCAGUAUGAUAAAGCAUAGUCAUUGUCAUGUAGAUAACAAAUUUAUUUGUGAGAUAUGUGGACAUGGCUUCCUAAAUCUUUCUAUGUUGGAAAAUCAUAGUAUUGUGCAACAUAAGAAGGGCUUGACAGAGUGUGGAAUGUCAGAUGUAUGUAUUAAUGUUAAAAUAGGAGAAGAAAAGGACUUUGUUGUUAUUAACCAUUCUAUUAAGAAUAUUCAAAGUGAAAUAACUGAUGGUGUUAAAGUGAAAGAAGAAACUAUAGAUAUAACUGAGGUAAAUGAUUGUCAAGUAAAACAAGAGGUUAUACAUGUCAUUGAUGCAGAUGGCUGUGUAAAGUGUGAGGUAAUGCCAGUAACACAUGUAGAUGAUAUGCACAUUAAAGCUGAAGCAAUGGAAAUCAAAGGCAUGGAAAGCUGUAGCAAGGACACAGAGAAACAUUCAAAUAAAGAUUAUGUAUCCAGCACAGAGGAACAGUCAAAUAAUGAUAAUAUAUCCAGCACAGAGGAACAUUCAAAUAAAGAUAAUGUAUCCAGCAGAGAAGAACAUUCAAAUGAAGAUAAUGUAUCCAGCACAGAGGAACAUUCAAAUAAAAAUAAUGUAUCCAGCAGAGAAGAACAUUCAAAUAAAGAUAAUGUAUCCAGCACAGAGAUUAAAUGUGAAGUUUUGCUUACUGUAGAUAAAGAUAAAGAGCUUCUUAAUAUACUAGAGCCUGAAUGGCAAGACUCAACAGAAUCUGUAAAAGAAUUCAGCAAAGUUAAGUUUCAUUAUACUUCUAUUGACAAUACUGGAAGGAAAAUUUGGCAAUGUAAGGUGUGUGAUAGGCCUUUCUAUCAGUCAUCUAAUUAUCAGAGUCAUAUGAGAAUGCAUACUGGUGAAAGGCCAUACGAAUGCAACUAUUGUCCUCGAGCUUUCAAACAAAUAACACAUCUAAAAGAUCAUAUGAGUAGGCACACUGGCUUGAAGCCUUAUAAAUGUGGUGCGUGUGGAUUAUGCUUUUCCCAGCGAUCUGCUGUAACACGCCACAUAAGAAACUUGCACAAUGAUAAAGCUAUAAUGGUAGUUAUGGGAAAUGAUAAACUUUUACCAAGUGGAUGGAAUGACCUGAUAUCUUUAAAGCUUGAAAAUCAGUCCGGUGAUUCUGAGCAACACUUGCAAGAAGGAGAAAUUAAUUCAAGUCAGUGUAAAAAUAAAAAAUUAAAUGAUGGCAGCAGUUCAAAUAAGACAAAAACUUGUGAUAUAUGUAAACAAUCAUACACCAUAAACUACUUCAGGUCUCACUUGCGAUGUCAUACAGGAGAGCGUCCUUACACUUGCAAUCUCUGUGGAGAAACUUUUAGACAAAAGGCUCACAUGCACUCUCAUCAACUUCGCCAUUCAAGGGAAAAGUCUGUAUGUGAGCUAUGUGGAACUUCUUUUACACAGUCUUAUAGAUAUGACAAUCAUAUAAUAAAGUGCCGUGAAACAAAAAAUGUUAACACAAAAUCUAUCAAGAAAUAUCGGUGUGCAUGUGGAACUUGUUAUAUUCGUCGUGUUCAAUUAGUCAGACACCAAAAAAUUUGCAGUGUCGUAAAAGAGAGUUAUAAAAGAACAGAUAUAAAUGAACCUGAAAUUUUAUUUGGUGAGAGUGAGAGCAAAUGUGAGUUGAAUGGGAAUAAAAAUUUGUGCACAAGUAGAAAUGAGAAGGAGACAAAAAAGCAAACAGAAUCCAGUCCUAUGUAUAGUGAUGAAGAAUUUACAUGCAAAUAUUGUAAUAUAACAUUUAAAAACAUUACUGAGCAUAAGAACCACUUGAAACAACACGAAAAUAUGUCACAGGUUUGUGGAGAUUGUGGGGCACUGUUCAGAAGGGCAUCUGCUUUACGGUUUCAUCAGAGAGUGAAGCAUGGUAAAGCAGAUGAAAGAUAUAAGGAGUAUAAUAUUGGAUUAGAAAACAUUAAAGAGGAGCAGUUCAGUGAUGAUAACAUUGAGGAAGAUAAAGUGAAGCAUAACAAAAGACAUAUAAACAACAACAUAGAAGAAAGUAAAGGAAACAUUAAGCAAGAAAAAUUACAGACAUAUGAAAGAAAAGGAAUUACAGGGAAGCGAUGCAAAAACCAUUUAAGAGAAUCUGUAGGCAAAGUUACCAUAAAGUCACUCGAAGAAAUGGGUGCUGAGAAAAAUACAGCUAAUAGUGAAACUUUGCAAGUAGCAGAGAGAAAGCAUGAAAUGGAAGCUCCAGGUGGAUCAAUUGGUAAAGAGUUCGAGAGAGAUUCACAAAAGAACCCUGGAGAUGAACAAAAAUCACAAGCAGUGUAUAAAUGUGAGGCCUGUGUCAUGACUUUUAAUCGAUUAUCAAAGCUGAAACACCAUAUUGGAAUGUGGUGUAAAGGAUUAAAAAAUUUAUCACAACAUAAUGCACUUAGUGAUUCAUCAAAUAAUGUGCUCAAACAAGAAGUUUCUUUAGAUAUAACCAAAAUAAAGCAAACACAAUUUCCUAACUUUGACAUAGAGUUCACUAAAAAGAGUUCUUUAGUGACUGGUGAUUCAAAUUCUAAAAAUAAUAGCAAACUUAAGGGUACAAAAAAUAUUAAAUUUAAUCAUGCACUCCAGUCUGAAGAACUUGUUGCAGUGAAGGUGGAGGAAAAUUUAGAGGGCAGUGACAGUAUAAAGCCCAGUGAAGUUAGGAGUACAAGUUCAGAGGAGGAGGAAACUAAGUCAAGAAUAUUUGAGGAUAAGCAAUGUAGUAAUUCUAAUUAUUGUAAAGAUUGUGACAAGCAUUUCACACGAGCUUAUUCUUAUAAAGUACAUUUACAAACUCACUUGGCAAAACGGCCAUAUAAAUGUGACCGGUGUUGUGUGACUUUCACUCAAAAGGCCCAUUUAACAACUCAUUACAGAAGACAUACAGGUGAAACACCAUAUCAAUGUGAUGCAUGUGAUAAAGCAUUUACUCAGUCAUCAAGGCUAAAAGAUCACAUAAAAAGAUUACAUGGUAAGCCUAGAAAUACAUGAGAUUUAUAUAAUAAGUCUUCAUUUGGCACAUUUGAUAUACAAUUGCACAGUGUAAAUAAGAACAUUAUAAGGGGAAAGGCAUUUAUUGUUUUAAGAUACUACUCUGUACAUCUAGAAAUUGAAGAAAAUGGAAGAUGUUGAAUAUUAUGUAAAGGACUGCCAGCUGUUAAUGGUGUGUAAGGUUUGACUAAUGUUACAUAAUUCAAGAAUUAGUAUUCUCAAUGAGUGACAAAUUUUAGUUUUGUAGGCUACCAUUCUUUUAAACAUGCAGUUAUAUAAGAUUUGUCAAGAGUACAAAAUCUCCUUUAGAUAGUUUUGAUGUUCAGAUGUAAUAGUAUUUAUUUUAUAGCUGUAAUGAAUACUUAUUAGAUACCAAUACAGACCAGAUUGAAAGUACAGUGCAUCUAUUUUUUCAUUUUUUUUUUAUCUAAUCCAUUAUGCCAGCAAUUUAAAACACCUUAACAAAAAGCAUCCAGGGAGAAGGAAGUAUGUGGCAAGGGUUGUAUAAUGUAUUUUUGUACUAAAGAAGCACUUUUACAAAUACAGUAUUGGUACAGUACAUAUAGUGUUUGUUUCAGUAUAAAUACAGCACCCAAAUUUUUGUUUUGUUUUAUGACUUAUUUUUUUUAUUUUUUUAAGUGUUUAAUUCUUACAAAAUAUGUGAAUUAUAUAAAAUGUUUACAUAACUCAUUAUACAACCAUACAGUUGUUGUAUGCAUGUGAACAUAGGAUGAGAGCCAAGUGUAAAUGUGGCACUAUAAAGAGUUCACAACUGAGGGUAUAAUAUACAUUAUUUGGUUUCAUUUGGCUCUCUUGUGCAUAUUCAUGUGUGCCUGUGAGUUGAUUUUAUGUGCUUGCUUGUACACAUUCUUGUGCAUGCCUUUCAAUGUUUCUGAUGAAUCAUGACAAUUUAGAUUGAAUUUUAUGUAAAAGGAACAUAAUUUUUUGUAUCAAAAUUUGUAAACAGAAAAGUUAAACAUAAUCAAACCUUUAGGGAUAGUGUCUUGUGCCUUUCUGAAGGGCAAACAGAGUACUGUACUUUCUGAACUGGCCCCUCAAUAGCUUCCCAAUGCAUUAGGCUCUGGUUUUCCAUGUGUUGGUACCAGGCAUGUGAGUGAGUGAGUGUUGGUUGGCUGGUCCCUCAGGUAACCUGAGCUGCCACCUGGUGGCUCAUUGUGUAAUGAUUGUUUACCUUCUACAUACUAAGUGUUUCUGUGGGGAGCCCCUUCGGCUCCCUGGAGCUAUUGGACUGAUAUACACUAUAUUAGUCUGGGGCUUCAGUCAAUGGAGUUCUACCUACCGGUAACCUUUAGCUAGAACAUGGCCCCCUCAGAGGGGCGCAGGGAGCAAUGACCCUAGAAAAACUCCCUUGUAUUUGGGGUAUGUCAUCUGCCAUCGACCGGGGUUAGGCACUCGGAAAGGUAGGCAUCUCAAAACAAACCCCCACAUGGUAGGAAAUGCAAAAAAACCCAACACUGAAUAGAAAAACAGAACUCCCAAAGGAAAAUGAAGGAAAUAAGCAAUGUCAUUCAGCGCCACUGUUUGUCUGCGCUGCCCUCCACUCCCCUCCCCACCCCGGGAGGGGGAGGGCAGCAAGAACUUUCAUUCCCUGCUUCCCAUUUGGUUGCGUCCCAGGUUUGGACCUGGCUGGGCCUCGUUUGGGACUCUCAAAUCACUUCCGUGUGUUUUCCCACUGUGGUGUUGCUGCGGCUGCAGUCCCGCUUCCGGAUAUUCCUGAGGAGGUCCCGGGUCACUUGGCGGUUGCUCGCUUGGUUGUGCAGGAAUCUGCACUUCACUGUGCUGGUUUACCUGCCAGGUCGGGUCUAGCAUCUAGCAUCGGUGCUAGACCCGACCAGAUGUCGGGUCUAGCAUCUGGUUCCUUUGGUGGUGUCUCUUUUGCCCCUCUCGUGACUGCUGGGUUCAAGCCUGUGGGCCUUGCAUCAGUUGCUACAUCACCGGCUACCUCUUCGGAUUUUUUGGGAUUCAGUGCCUUGGCGCCUCCCCAAUCCCUCGCUCAAUGUGUUCACGGAUGCCUCGUCUCUCGGCUGGGGCUUUGUGAACAGUGCUCACCAGGCCAACCAGGGGCAGUGGGCUCCAUCCUUUCCUCAGGCUCAUAGCACAGUGUGUGGGCGGUUGCGGCGGUUUGGUUUUUGAUGUGGUGGGUUUGGGUCGUUCGGGUCUCUUCGAUCAGACUCCACUCUGGUGGUUCCUUGUCUUGACAGCAGAGGUUCUCUUCGGUCUUUUGCUCUUUGGGGCAUGUCGCUUCAGGUGACUCGUCUGCUGGAUUCUCGGGGUUUAGCGCUCCGUGCUGUUCACUUCUGGGGAGUGUCCAACAUCCUGGCAAACAGCCUGACGGUUCAUUUCCCUGUCCACAGAAUGGACGGUCGACGCCAACUCCUUCAGGUGGCUUUGCCGGACGUACAGGCCCCUGACGAUGGAUUUCUUCGUGUUGGACUUGUCCCAGCAUCUCGCGAUAUAUGUGGCACCCUUCCCCGACUUCGGUGCUGUCGAGGUGGGGUUACUUGUACUUCUUCCCCCCAGUCUGGCUGGUACUUUGGGUUCUGGCUCAGUUGGAGUCUUCCCGAGGGACAGUCGUCCUUGUGGCCCCCGUGUGGCUGGCCCAGCCUUGGUUUCAGACACGGCUACUCCCGUCCCAUCCCAAAUCCUUAUCCUGACCCCUUCCAAGUGCUAUAUAAACGUAAUGGCUUGGGACUUUCAUCUGAUAGUUCCUUUUCUUCCUUGUUCGGUGUCUGAACCCCAAGGCGUUUUCCAUGACUCCGCCUUUUCCAGCAGCUCGGGUCUGUUCGAUCUAUUUCCCCGCUCUUCGCGGGGGAAGAAGUGGAAGUGGUCCUUUUGACGCAGGUGUAUCACCUCUUGUUUGGUGAUCAGGUGGUCCUUUUGACGCAGGUGUAUCAUCUCUUGUUUGGUGAUCAGGUGGUCCUUUUGACGCAAGUGUAUCACCUCUUGUUUGGUGAUCAGGUGGCCUCAUUGAAGGUGUCCCACCUGCGGUCUUCGUCUGAGCAACAGUAUGGAGUCUCUUGGCAUUUUUUUGUCUUUUCCUCUCUUUGUAGGUUCUCUUCUAUUUCUGUUUGGGUUGUCUUGUCCUUUCUUGGCUCUUUCAGGACCGUCAUCUUAUGUCUAAUACUGUCACCUCUUAUCGUGUUGCUUUGAUGGAGCCGCUCCAGCUUGCAUUUGGUGUGGAUGUUCCUUCUGCCCCUUCUCCUCCGUACGUUUUCUUAUGCUUUGUUCGCCUCCAGCCUGCUCAUGCGCCACCUGAGCCGACCUGAUCCUUGGACAGGGUGCUCUCUUUUCUUUCUUCUCGGGUUGUGGUGGCCAAUUUGGUUCAUGAGUACCUUCAGAAGGCUUUGUUUCUGUUGGCGUAACCUCUGGAAGGCAGGUCAGUGAGCUUCCUGCUCUUCCCAAUAACCCAAGGGCUUCCAAUGGGGCCCUUGGGUUAUUGAUACUUGGUUAGUCAUGCCGGGGGGUGCAUCUUAUGUUGUGUCCAAUUGUGGCUCAGCGCCAUUGCCUGUGCACCUCGGCUUCUGUGGCCGUGGACAUGCUUUGGGUUGAUCCAAUUUCACUCGUUCCCUGUUCCAUAGCUCGGUCUCUAAGGUCGUCCACAAUGUUCUUAAGUCUAGCCAGCCUGAGGUCUACCCUCGUACACAUACUUUUUUAAGUUUGGUGCUCUGGCCGCUGUGUUUGGGAACAUGUCUUAGGCUGAUAUUUGUGUACGGGGGUUUUGGAGGUCAGACAGGGUCCUGGCCACCCGUAUUUUGGUGACUGUUCCUGUGUUGCCUUGGGUCGUAGGAUGCAUUCAGUUGUCUCGUCUUUGGGUUGAGGUACACAGUGAGGCCGUCUCCCGGGUUGGUCCCCCUUUUUACUUAUCUUUGGUUAUGGAGCUCCAGGGAGUCGAAGGGGCUCCCUACAGAAAACCAGAGUGGAAUGUAAUGAAACGCCAUUUUCUGGGUGAACCCCGGAGGCUCCCUUGUACCCACCCGCCGUCUGGUUGGAGGUUUUUUUUUGAUGAUCAGCCUCUGAACUGAGGUGUGAGAAGCCGGCGCUAGGGUCCAGGGCUCCCCUCUCCUCCCUGGGAGAGGAAGACUGUGUGGACAAGCUGUGCAGUGGCGAUGAAUGACGUUUGCUUGUUUCCUUUGUUUUCUUUUGGGGAGUUCUGUUUCUCCAUUCGGUCUUAAGUUUUUUGCAAUUUCCUACCAUGUGGGGUUUUUGAGAUGCCUACCUUUCUGGGUGCCUAUCCCCAGUUGAUGGCAGAUGGAAUACCCUCAAAUACAAGGGGGGGUUUUCCUAGGGCUAUUGCUCCCUGCGCCUCUCUAAGGGGGCUAUGUUCUGCUAAGUAGUCUUCAGUAUGCAGAACUCCAGUAACUGAAGCCCCAAACUAAUAUAGCAUAUUUCAGUCCAAUACAGUAGUUCCAGAGAGCCUCCGGGGCUCACCCAGAAAAACGGCAUUUCAUUACAUUCAACGCUGGGCGUUUUGGCACAUUGUUGAAGGUAAACAAUCAUUGCACAAACUAAUUGUUUUUGGUUUAGGUUUACUUUUCUGAUCUAGAUCUGUGGUUUUGCUUUGCUUGAACUUUACUUUCUAGGCAGUUUUUCUCACUUUUGGAUCAAUCUCUGACCCCGCAUGCUUCCCCUCGUCUCUACGAGCACAUCGGAUUCUGAUCCUGAUGUUUGUUAGGCCUGGUAGUAGUGUCUGUGGUGCCAGUCUAAUGCACAAGGAAGCUACUGAAGCUGUCCAUAAAAGAGCUUCUCAUUACAUCCAACUCUGAAUUUUUCAGAACUGUAGAAUUGAUUUCCUUUUAUUCCUUAGAAUUUUAACAAUACAGCAGAUGUACUAGACUAUGACAAGUUCAUUGCUAGUUUUAUCUUAUAUUUUAUUGUCAUCCAUAAAAUGUCAUUACAUUAAGUAAUAAAUUCUAUUAUGAAUUUCUUCAUUUUAUUAGUGUUUUGGUAAAGUGCUGGGUUUGUAUAUCAAAGAAUUGUAUAUAUUUUCUGAAACAAACUGUAUUUUAUGGGAUCUAAAUUUAUAUUAUUUAACAAAAAUAAAAAACAAGGCACAA